GGGCCACUCUCUGGGGUUUGCCUGGCUCCUUCGUUAGCACGCUAGUGCACUAACCAAACUCUGUUUAGACAAGUUUGGACUUGUGCGGCAGAAUGGCAAUGGCAGCUCGCAGGUAUCUGACAGAUUAACAACAAAGUUAGCCGGAGCACUCUGAAGUCAACGGAACCAGUUUCCAGGAAGGUGCAUGCCCAUUCAGUUGGCUCUUCAUUGCAAGAAGUUGAGCGUUUACAUGGGCUAACGCUUGUGUCUGGAUCAGAAUAUUCUAAGUCAGUUAGCUAGCUCCGAAGCAAGUCUUUCUGAAAAUGAAUCAUUUGUCUUUUGACGAUCCGUCACUGGAUAACUUGGACCCGAGUUUAUCUCUCCAUGAUCCAAGUGAUAUUGACACGGCUCUGCUGAACGACAUUGACGACAUGCUUCAGCUGAUCCACAACCAUGACAUGGAGUUCAGCAGUCUGUUCGACCAGUCUGCGUUUGUAGCGCCCCCGGUGCAGGAGCCCCCGGCCGCGGCCCUUUCUGGCUCGGCUCCCCCCUCCGCUGCCUCCCCUGGUGGCACCUCCUCCGUCCUCAGCAGCAACCCCCACCUGGACGCCCUGCUGGGCCCCCACAUCAGCUGCAGCUCAUCUAGCCCGGAAAAGGCCCAUGGCCCCCCUGCGUUCCAGCAGCCUCCCCUGGCGCAGGUGAGCCCGGCGCCGUCGCCCCCCUGCCGGCCGACCGGCCGACCCAAAGCCCAGACUACUCCACCGGCCCUUGCUCCGUCCAGCCCGGCCACCAAGAACCCUGGGUUCAGCUCCAGCCAGCAGGCUCCUCAACAGCAGCAGCCUGUGGCUAACUACACGCUACAGAACGGAUUGACUGCAGUGGCUCUGCAGGGCUCUCCCCAGCCAGGCCUCAGCGUCCCCAGUUCUCCACAGCCCGUCCAGCCCGUUGCCAUUCAGGCUCAGGUCCAGGGCCUGCCCAACUCCCCCAUCCUCGGCACGUCCACCAGUGCCCCACCGCAAACCCUCACCUCUCAUGUCCAGCAGGUUCCGGUCCUGCUGCAGCCUCAGUUCAUCAAGGCCGACUCUCUGCUGCUCACAACUCUGAAACCCGACGUGUCCAUGGUGACCACUGUAGCAUCUCCAUGCACCUCCCUGGCUACAACCACCACUCCUGUGCAGAGCGCCUCCCUACAGGCUCUGAUGAGCGGGGGCACCAUCCUGACCACCGUUCCCGUCGUCGUGGACACAGAGAAGUUGCCCAUCAAUCGCAUCGCCAUCAGCGGUAAGCCGGGAGGCCAGGUGCACAAGGGUGAGAAGCGCACGGCGCACAACGCCAUCGAGAAGCGUUACCGCUCCUCCAUCAAUGACAAGAUCAUUGAGCUCAAGGACCUGGUGGCUGGCACAGAGGCUAAGCUGAACAAGUCAGCCGUGCUGAGGAAGGCCAUCGACUACAUCCGCUACCUGCAGCAGUCCAACCAGAAGCUCAAACAGGAGAACAUGGCUCUCAAGCUGGCCAACCAGAAGAACAAGUCUCUCAAAGACCUGGUGGCCAUGGAGGUGGACGUGAAGACAGAGCUUCCCACUCCGCCCGCGUCGGACGCCGGCUCGCCCCCGCCUGCCGGGCACUUCUCGCAGUGCAGCAGCGACUCGGAGCCAGACAGCCCCAUGGGAGACGAGAGCAAGCCAGUGACCCAUACUGAGAAAGCUGCGGGCGGCAUGCUGGACCGCUCCCGGAUGGCUCUGUGCGCCUUCACCCUUCUCUUCUUGUCCCUCAACCCGCUGGCCUCCCUGUCUGGGAGCGCCGGCCCGGCGGGGGAAGCCGCAGCGGCCACCGGCGCUUCCAGGACUGGCCGGAGCGUGCUGGCGUUCGACAGCGCAGCCGAGCCGUGGGGUUGGAUGGGCUGGAUGCUGCCCACUCUGCUGGUGUGGCUGUUGAAUGGCUUGCUGGUGGCCGGAGUUCUGAUAAAGCUGCUGGUGUACGGAGAGCCGGUCACACGUCCGCACUCGGAGUCGUCCGUCCACUUCUGGAGACACCGCAAACAGGCCGACCUGGACCUGGCCAGGGGAGACUUUGCCCAAGCCUCACAGAACCUGUGGACGUGUCUGAAAGCCCUGGGCCGGCCCUUGCCCACCUCUCAGCUGGACCUGGUGUGCGCUGUGCUCUGGUCCACGCUGCGUCUCUGGCUGCAGAAGCUGUGGGUGGGCCGCUGGCUGGCGUGCAGGGCCGGCGCCCUGCGCGCUGACCGCCCCCUGCAGGAGGACGCGCGCAAGAGCUGCCGCGAUGGUGCUCUUGUCUACCACCGCCUGCAUCAGCUCCAUAUGACCGCCAAGUUGGGCGGCAGCCACCUGUUUGCCGUGCACAUGGCCCUGAGUGCGGUUAACCUGGCCGAGUGUGCUGGUGAUGUUCUACCCGUGGCCACGCUGGCCGAGAUCUACGUGGCCGCCGCCCUGCGGGUGAAGACCAGCCUGCCCCGCCUACUGCACAUCACCUCUCGGGGCUUCCUGAGCCGGGCGCGGCAGGCCUGCCUGUCUCCCAGCGGCAGCGUGCCCCCCGCCAUGCAGUGGCUCUGCCACCCCCUCGGCCAUCGCUUCUUCGUGGACGGCGACUGGUCCGUGCGCGCCACCCCCAAGGAGAGCAUCUACAGCCAGGCGGGGAACACGGUCGAUCCCUUGGCCCAAGUGACACAGGCCUUCAGGGAGCACCUGCUGGAGAAAGCCCUGUACUGUGUGGCCCAGCCCCACGGAGACAAGAACCCCAAUGAGGGCCAAGGUGAGUACUCUGAUGCUCUGGAGUACUUGCAGCUGCUGAACAGCGCGUCUGACGCAGCUGGGGCCACCACACAGGCCUUCGCCAUCGGCUCCAACAUGGCCACCGUCACGGGCUGUGACACCCACUCAAAAUGGUGGUCAUCUGUUGCCGUGGUGAUUAUUAACUGGCUUCAGGGAGAUGAGGUGGCGGCAGAGAGGCUGUACCCGACUGUGGAGCACCUUCCACGCAGCCUUCAGUCUGCAGAAAGCCCCCUGCCUAAAGCCUGCCUGAACACGUUUAAAGCGGUGCGUGCCCUGCUGGCCAAACCAGAGAACAGCCAGCUCAGCCUCAGCUACUGUGAGAAAGCCAGCAGCCUGUUCAGAGACAGCCUCAACCUUGGGCCGCACAGCAGUAACAGCACCACCUUGGAUAAGCUGGUACAGUUGCUGCUGUGUGAUCUGCUGCUGGUGACGCGCACUAACGUGUGGCGGGAGCAGCAGGUGUGCGCUCCGGCCGGCGCCCAGCAAAGCGCCCCGCCCGCCACCUCUGCCGCGGAGCUGCAGGGCUUCCAGCAGGACCUGAGCUCGCUGCGCAAGCUUGCUCAUGGCUUCCGGCCGGCCACGCGCAGGUUGUUCCUGCAUGAAGCCACGGCCAGGCUGAUGGCGGGAGCGAGCCCCACACGCACACACCAGCUGCUGGACCGCAGCCUGCGUCGCCGUGGCACCCCUGGGGCCAAAACCGAGGAGUGCGAGGCGCGGCCCGGCCAGCGGGAGCAGGCCGAGGCGGUCAUGCUCGCGUGCUGGUACCUGCCUCCGUCGUUCCUGUCGGCCCCGGGCCAGCGGGUGGGCAUGCUAGCCGACGCCGCCCGCACGCUGGAGAAGCUCGGCGACAAACGUACGCUCCACGACUGCCAGCAGAUGAUCAUCAAACUGGGCAGCGGAACUACAGUUACCUCCACCUAGUGACACCCCCUUGCCCCAGCACACAGUGAGAGCACCUCCCCUUUACUAACAGAAGAUCAAUCCAUGGCCCAGUUACACUGGCUGAAGCUUCCGGCCCGCAUCGUUAAUCUGAACCAGAGACUCUUUUUUUUUCUCAUCCAUUUCAGCCCCCUCGUUCCUGUGCAAGAGAACUACUCAAGCCAACCACUACCCUUCAGUACGUCAGAACAGUAGCACACAUCAGGCAGAAUGCUAGGGCUGUCCUGUUUUUUGCAUUUACUUUUUUUUAUAUAUCUAAAAUAUGUUAUUUAAUUUAUUUGCGCUGACAGAAUGAGGAUAUUGUUGAAGUGAUUACCAUGCAUCUUGCCUAAAGGGGUUCUUCACUUAACGAAGCUUUCCAUCAUUGUUGAUUUGCUUUAUGCUUAGGCGAAGAAUCCUUUUAAUGAGGUGCUCUGUAAGCACUUGCCUUGGCCACUAGAUGGCGUUUUGCUGAGAUGAUCUGAAAGCGUGCGAUUGUCCUUAGAGGGCGUCUGGACAUGAAUCAGAGAACUUUGAUUCCCCCCCCCCCCCCCCCCCCCCGCCACACACAGUAAAAUUCAGCCGAACAUAUGACAUUGCUUUCUCACACAUAAUAACGCCUAUUGUCCGAUCGCAAUGGUAGGAGACAGGAACGUUGACGGUGCAAGCUUGGGCCAGCCAUCUUGAGUGCCAUACUGUGUCUGGAUGGAGCGUGGGCGAGCUGAACUCGAGUGGAAGGAACUUGCUAAGUGGACGUUUGCCAUCAGAAAACUCGACUGGUAGCGGAUCCUCGUCUGUGUGCUUGUCUGAAUCCCCCGAACGACUGCCUCACGUCUCAGAAUUUACAUGAAAUCUUUCACCGCCGAGUCCGUUUGGCUAGUACAGCAUGUCCAGGUGACACAGCCACCUGGAAAUCCAGGCUGUCCAGGUUGAAUCCGUGUCCAGGAGACCAGUCUGUCGAAGUAGGAGCAGAGCAGUGAGUCAAGCACACCAGGUUUUCCUUUUCAUCAUCCGUACAGAUCAUUCUGGACCGCCCCACCCUCAUGGCAGGGGCACAUCUUGCAGAAUCUCUCUGGCUUUAUAACGUUUUUUUUCAUGUAGCAUUGUGUGUGUGUGUGUGUGUAUUUAUGUAUUUAUGAUCUCUAAAGAUGUGGGCAAUCAGUAUUUGGUAGGACCAGAGAGGAAUUACUUUGACAUUUGGCAUGAGUGCUACACCGGUGAACAUCACUUUUAACGAUACGUGUGAUUGCAGCGUUAGCCACUUUUUAUGCUGUUGAUCUGGCACAAGUUUGUUGAUUCUCUUAAAACAUUUAAUUAGAGAAUCCGGAUUUCAGAGACUGCUCCUAGAUCAGCGGAAAAGAGCACCUUCUACUUAGUAAUGAUUCUCUCCAAAUAUUGUGCCCAUUUACACUACUGAGAGAGAGGCACAGUCUGUUUCCUUGUUUUGUGACAAAGGAGCAGGAUUUUUCCUAAAGAAACAGCUGUGUUCAGUUACGGAGCGUCCAUAGGGGUGGGUGGUCGGCUGAGGAAUGCUGUGAAUUUCAGUAGAGGUUGUAAGAAUGCAGGCUCUGUUAAGAGAUAGGCCAUUCCCAUGUUAACCUAUCCAAAGAUGGGAUUUAAAACAGUUAUGGGAGACGUAACCGUUGCUGUGGUUGGGGGGAUUUCAAUGACUGGCUUCCAUUUUCAUCCAUUGCAAAAAAGAGAGAUCCUUGUAAAUGUUAAACUUACAAUCUGUAGACUAAUCAGUCUGUAGUAGCCUAUUCAUAACUGAAAUCACAAAGAACGGAUGUGUUUAACCCCACACGCGUGCACGCACACACACACACGCACGCACGCAAAAAGUGUCCAAUUGUCAGCUGUUGGAUUUAUUCUUGAGAAUGUAAAUAAAAGCACUUUUGUUAUGUAUUUCUUACA